UUCUCAUUAGUCUUUUCGUCUAAAGAGAAGAAAGUGAGGAGAGGAUCCAAAUCCGAAUAAAAUUCUCAGAAUAAGUUGCAAUAGAAAGAGAAUGGUGAAACCAAAUGAAGUAGAAGGAGGAGCAGUACCUCAAUCAACAAUAGAACUCCUCAACCGUACUUUAUACAACCUUGAGGAACUCGAAACCCAAUUGCCCCAAUUCCUCUCCCACUCAGACCCCGAUUACCUCUUCCAACUCCCACUCCUUCGACGUGCUCACUCUCUCAUCUCCCUCGCUAAACUCACUUCAACUCUCUUCUCAUUGAAGUUGAAGUGUAGAGGAGUUAACCCAAAUGACCAUCCUUUCAAAUCUGAGCUUGAUAGGGUUAGUGUGUGCCAAAAUAGACUGGAGCGCCUUCCAAAUCUUAGUGAAGAAGAGUGGCAAGAUAUGGUGGAGCAAAAUCUGAUCUAUCAUGAGCAGACUGGUCAAAAGAGGAAGUAUCCAUCAUCUGAAGAACAACCUGAUCAAUAUGAUUCCAAGGAGUUUGUGGAGAAAUUGACAGGGGAGCUUCUUGGUGAUGGUAAUAGUGGAAGUAGUAUUAAUGAAGCUAUAAUAGUUGACCUAUCUGAUGAUGACGACGACGAUGAUGAGUAUAUGUGAGAGUGAACAUCAAGGAGCUGUGUUCAUGGGAGGGAAUGCUUUUGAUGUGUUUCAGCAUCGUUGUUGCUUUUCCGCUUUUGAAUGACUCAUCAAGUUUUGGCCAUAGAAAUCGAGGGCACGCUAACAUGACUCUAUGCAGUGAUAUAUCCAAGUUGUAAUGCAUGUAUAGAUUUUGUUUUAUGAUCUUAGUUGAUGUGUAACAGAUAUGCAGCUAUUGUUGUUUGUAAGGGAUGAAUGCUCAUGGAAAACUAAGAUUUUGAAUUUGCUUUUUAAGGUUACAGUUGCACGCA